AUCUCUUUCACACUACUCUACAGAGCACUUAACCGUAGCAGCCUGCUUUUUGCAAGUCAGAUUGAGGAAACGGAGCUCUACAAACCAUGGCCGCAUCAGCCACGAGUUUGUAUUUGGCAUCGGCGACUCCAUCAUCUCUAGCUUCGGUCCAAGUGGAUCCGUCAACGGGCAUGCAGGGACACGUUACCCAACCCACGCAGUAUCAUCACCGUGAUUUACCUGAUAUGAAAUACAUGACAACCCAACAACAGAAUGGUCAUCACCUCACUCAUCAUCCGAAUCCAUGGAUCGGUAUAUCUCACACGGAUAAUAACCACUGGUCUAACAUGAUCCAUCAACAGGACAUGAAGGGACAAGCUCUGGAAACCCAUCCGAAUGCUCAACACACUCGCGUCAAUCAACAGAUGCAAUCGCCAUACGCCUGGCAUUCGCCUGUUUCUUCGCAUCUAAACAUGACAAACGGAGCCAGUCAACUACAACACCACGGCUAUGGUAUUCACAUGAAUGGCAUGCUAUCCCCCGGGCAACAAUUACACCCAUCAUUACUUAGAGAACCCGACCCUGAGGUUGACCAUCACGAACCGUCCGAUGAAGAUGCACCAACUUCGGACGACUUGGAGCAGUUUGCUAAGCAGUUUAAGCAGAGACGUAUCAAACUGGGUUUUACGCAAGCCGAUGUCGGACUAGCGCUCGGUACACUUUACGGUAACGUUUUCAGCCAGACAACCAUUUGUCGCUUCGAAGCGCUGCAAUUGAGUUUUAAAAAUAUGUGUAAAUUAAAACCUCUACUACAGAAAUGGCUGGAGGAGGCUGAUUCUACUUCCGGUUCUCCUACCAGUAUUGACAAAAUAGCUGCUCAAGGAAGGAAACGUAAGAAGAGAACGAGUAUCGAAGUGACAGUGAAGGGCGCGUUGGAAAACCACUUCAUAAAACAGCCCAAACCGUCCGCCCAGGAGAUAUCGGGGCUCGCUGACCAGCUGCAAUUAGAAAAAGAAGUUGUACGUGUUUGGUUUUGUAACCGACGACAGAAAGAAAAACGCAUGACUCCUCCAGGAACUAUCGGUCCGAAUGGUGAAUUUCUUCAGAAUUCGGAAAAUUCUCUGCAGGGGGGAGGAAGUCCGAUGCGCUCGAACAGCGGUGGCGGAUCGCCACUGAUCCCUACCUCCAUACCAUCACAUUCGUUAUCCCAAUCAAUUGUAGGUCACACGAUGUCGCAAGCACAUACGCCAGUCUCCUAUCCGCACGGAGGGGGUAGCCCGUUACAAUCCACGAACGGGGCCAACAAUGGCUCUCCACUUAUAACAACUGCCAUCAAUUCCCAUUCAAUAUCGCAGUCCCUUGCGCAGACACUAGCGCAGCAGCACAAUCCGAACCACCACCAUCAGCAUUCUAUAAAACAGCACUCGCCAAAUCACUGACUUUGGCGGGACCUACCCGGAUUUAUUUGAAGCGUAUCCCAAUUAAGAUUACAGAUUGUU